AUGAUCCCUCAAGAGAAAGUCCUAUGGAUUGUCUUCGUGAUCCAGUUCCCAAUAACUGGUGUUCUUGGUAACAGUAUGCUUUUUUGUAUGUAUAGCUUUAAUUUUACAACUGGCUACAGGAAAAGAUCUAUAGACCCAAUACUCAUUCAUCUGGUCUUUGUCAAUGCCAUUUUGCUUCUGUUCAGGGGAAUCCCAGAGAUGUUAAGGGUUAAGAAAUGGGAAUAUUUUGUGAAUGACAUUGGGUGCAAAUUCAUAAUUUACUUGCAAACAGUAUUCAGGGGCCUUUCUCUGUCCAGCACUAGCCUCCUGAGUGUCUUCCAGGCCAUUACCAUCAGUCCCACCACCCUCUUUUGGUCUAAGAUAAAAACUAAAGCGCCAAAAUGUGUCUUACCAUGUUGUCUUCUCUGCUGGAUCUUCAAUAUGUUAAUAGAUGUGUUUGUACCUGUCUAUGUGACAGGUCCAAAAAAUAGCACAAUUAAAGGGAGACUGAGCUUGGGGUUCUGUUCUUUAAAUGUAAAUGGCAUGCGUCCUUUAAAAUCUGUAAUCUGGAAAUCUGUGUAUGAUUUUGUAUUUGUGGGUAUCAUGGCCUAUAGUAGCAUGUACAUGGUAUUUAUUCUAUACAGACACCACCAGCAAGUCAAGCACAUUCACCACUCCAACCUCACCUCUAGUGUCUCCCCUGAGAUCCAAGCCACGAGAUCCAUUCUGCUGUUAGUGAGUACUUUUGUCUGUUUUAGCAUAGCCAGUGGACCUUUUAUUAUUUAUAUGGACAGUUUUCAAGGAACUAUUUCCUGGACAUAUUAUGUCUCUGCCCUUCUGUCGAUGUCUUUUCAAUCACUCAGUCCCUUUGUACUUCUCAGCACUGACAUUCAGAUGGCCACGUCUUUUUGUGUUCUCUAA